CAUUGCGGGUUUUUAUGAUUUUAUCCUUCACAUAACUUAUCACUUAUGUAUAAAAGUUUUGCACAACUAGGAGAUUCUUUGAUUGCAGUUUUUUAAAGCCUUAUUCGACUUGUAUUUAUUGCGUGUAUGAUAUAUUAGCAAUAGCAUGCUAGAUAUAUGCUAGAAUCUACAUCAACAUAUCGCAUCACAUAUGCAUAUGGAAUUGUGCAGGAAUAUGUGCCCCUGAUCGGAUCACUGCCAGUCUGCAGUGGAACAUUUGGUCGGACUCAGCGCUGUGACAUUUUUAUUUCCUGCUAAUACAGUGGAGAUUCAAUCACUGAUCAGCGGAGAUUUUCUGAGAUUUUAAAUCGCUGGUGAUGGGACUGCGGCAAAUCUUGACGCGUGGUGUUCGGCGAGUUUUUCGGAACUGGAAUGUGGAGAACCGUGCUAUGCGAGCGAUUGACCGCCCGGACAGGGCAGCGCCUCCGCGGUAUCCCACCGAGGAGAAGAUGAUCAGCGAGGCAGCAAAGCAGGAUCCCACACCAAAAUCUCAGAUCCCCGGCUUGGAGACAGAGAAGAAUCCUGUUUUGGAUGACUGGCUAAAAAAAGUCAAAGUGUAUUCGAAAGAUGUUCCUUUGUCUCCUUCCUUUGAUGGCCCUGUUGAGCGAGAUCCCCGGCAGCACAAUCCACAAAAACCCCUUCCACAAGAGCGAGCCCCACCGGAAGAAAACGAAUUCGGCACGGCCCGUUACAACUCCAACCUUCCCCUUCCACCCGGAAAACUCACCUUGAAAUCCGCUUUACAACUCCUGUCCAGCCAUCAGCAGGAGCCGUCAGAGUGGACCGUACCGGAACUCAGUCGGCAGUUUAACAUAUCCGAGGCAGAUGUGGCUGAUCUUAUUCGUUAUUUCGGCAUUUUCGCCAUACAUGUCCCGCAGAAGGACGAAGAACCAAAAGUUGUCGACAUGAAAUCGUACUUCAACAUAAACAAAAGUUUGGAGUAUAUCGUCCCGCUGAAACUGUCACAGGAGAAAAGGACUACCAGCAGGGCGCGCAUAGUGCCGGUCCCCAGGCAUUCCUGAAGGUCCAGCAGGAAGACGCAAAAAUGGAUAGAGAGGAUCAGGAGGCUUUGAUGAAGGAGAAAAUGCUCGAAGAGGGCAUUGAGGUACCGCAGAAAGAAGAAAAGGAUGAACCGGUGCAUCGGCUUCUGAGGCCAGUCAAUGUUGAGGAAAAACUCAGGAGGUUAAUGCCGAAGAAAAAAUCUUGAACAAGCAGGACUCGACAAAUAUUAAGUAACUUUGUGAUAUAACAGUGCUGGCUUGUUAAUCUUUUGUGAAUUAUUGUUGCGCCAUCCCUAGCCGGCUGUUGCACGAACAAAGUGUUUUGGUUUCGUAAAAAUGAAUGAGAAAACAAAAAUAACAGAAA